AUGCAGGACAUAGUGUGUGAGCAGUGCGGUGGCGUCGAUUUCUACAAAGAAGCUGGUUUCUACUUCUGCAGCGGGUGUCAGAUUCAGUCUCAGGAGGUCCAAGAGUACGUUUACGAUGAAUACACCCCCGAAACUCGCCUAAAGACUAAAAAAAUCCAAAGUGAUAAGACAGCGAAGACUGAGAAUAAAAUAACAAGUUGGGAGUGUUACAACUACAUUCUUCUUGGUCUUACGAAUGAACUUAUAAAUUUGGGGGCUGAUAAAAAGUUGAAGGCGGUCGUUCGUCUCUUGUGGAUGCGUUAUUUGGAAAAAUUGCAAGUUUUCAAAUUGGGCCGUGAUGAGUUACCGAAAUUGCAAGCCGUCUGUAGCAACAUGGACGCAGAAAUUGUGUAUGGAAAACUGGCGAAGAAGAAACGAAAGCGAAACAAAUCGUCGUCAAGCGAACUUGACGUCACAUCUUUAGAUUCAACUUCUUUGAAGCAUGAAAGGGUCAAGAGAAAGCGUGCUUUAGCCAAGGCUCAAUAUGAGGAAUUCAGUAAAAAGUCUCAAGAGACACCUUCACUGCAUAAUGAAACUUUGACAAGUCUGCAAACAGGUUCUGAGAAAAGUUCUAAAAAUGCAGUACCUAUCAAAUACAAUAUUUAUGCUACUAAAGAGUUGAGAAAGAUUAAAAGCUCACAAUACCACUGGCGUAAGCACCGAAGGGACUUUGAACGAAAUUUAAAAUGUCACAAGUUGAGUUAUAGAAAAAUCUCGGGGAAAUACCGGGCUAGCCCUUACAUACUUUCAAUAAACAAACUUUACGCUAUUUUAUACCUAGGAUUGCUUAUUACUAAAAGCAAGGUGCAACUGAGCGACAUUUUGAGGUUCAUUAAAGAGGGGCAUUUGAGUUUCAAUUAUUACAGUCAUUUUUUUCCCGAAGAUUUCGUCGAUAAAACACUCAAUUUUCGUAAUUUUAAGAAAAACACAAUGUUUGUGAAUGCACCAUUUCGAACAAUUGCUGCCGAAAUGUCGGUUUUAUUACAAAUUGAUUUUUAUAUUUCGUGUCCUAAUUUAAUUGAGUUGUGUGAACGCUAUUGUGGGGAGUUGAAUUUGCCUCGUGAGAUUUGCGAUUGCGCCAAAAAUAUUAUCACAAGGGCUGAUAUUAAAAUGUCGUUUCGUAAACGAAAUGGCAAAAUCCCAAAUUACGAAGGUCGCGUUUUAAGCGUUAUUCUCUUUGUGCUCAAAUUAUUAUUUGGAUUAGACGAUGUCACAGAGUUUCAUUUAGCAAACUACUCGAAUAUUUUAAAUAAUAGUGAAGCUGUUAGACCUAAAAUGUUUAACAUAAUCGACUGGCUUAAAUACAUAGAAUAUAGGGACUUGGUGAUGAAUAAUCAGCACUUUCCCACAAGUUUUCACGACGAGAACAAUUUCAACAAUGUAAACUUAGCGUUAAGUGCACUUGGAAGAAAAGAUUAUUCAGCAUCAGCAAAACCGAACUCGACCUCAGAUAACUACAAGCAACUAUUUGAAAAAUUGAAAAACUAUCUUGACGUCCCUGACUUUAUCGAAUUUCCGGUUACGUUCACUCCGUUUUUGGAUUAUGCUAAACAGUUGCCUAAAAGCGAUUAUUUGGAAAUUUUAUCUAGAGAUUUUUCCAGCGAUAGUCUAGCGCACGUAUUGAAACCAAUCAAAUUUUUGCAACUUGUUAACGAACCGGAAGUUGUUAAUGGCGGAGCUAACGAGGACUGGGUUGUCGAAAAACUUACUUGCUUCAAAGAAGAACAACACAGGGAAAAAUUAAACAGACGGAAACUUGUAACUGUUAAACUUAGUUUUGAUACAAAAGUUAAGCCGACAAAAGAAACUUUGUGUGAAGACGCUACGAAGUUGAAAACUCAUUUCCAGGAAGCCAAUGAAAGGCACUUUAAGCGAAAUUUGCGCCAAUUGAAUUAUAAAAAUUAUUUGGUUGUUGACUACGAUUUAAAACAAAUUGAAGCCGACUUAGAAUCGUCCGCAGAUAGUUAUCCUAGGCAUUACAACCCUUAUGAAAGGUUUUGGAUGCGGUCUCGGAUCGGUAUUGAGGAUAUGAGUCAUGAACAGUGUCGUGAUUUUGUCAAAAAAUUUCCAUAUAACUUUCGUUUAGUUUUCAAGGAAUGUCGGAGAAUAGCUGAACAGAACGAUCAGGAGUUUUUGGUCGAAUACAAUUUUACUGAACUUUACUUAAUUCACAUGGCAAAUUUUGGGAAAAAAAAGCAAACAAUUAUAAAAAAUAAACUCAUCGCUCACUAUCUGGAUAAAAAUGUUUCGUUGUGGUAAUUUUCAAUUUUUGGGAUGUUUUAUUUUCAAUAAAUUCCUACACAUUA